CAUUCAAAUUCAAAAUGGCUGAUGACUAGCCUCACGCUUGAAACCCAAGAGUACCAACAAAUUCGAUCCAUACAUGUAACUCCCAAUAAAUUAGUUGAGUGCUCUUCUUUCGUUUUUCCACUCACUCGUGUGUGUGCGUCAUUCCCUAUAUUUUCUGUGGUGUCACUUGUGUGUUUAACAACGUCUGGAAGACAUGAGGGAGGUUACCUGUCUUUGCCACUGUGCUGGCAUUUCCGUAUCAUGGUUUUCAUUUUGGUUCUUACUUUGCUCAGCAGUUUUGUUGUCUGGACAUUCCAUGCUAUUGGACUUUCCAGUGCAUUUCCCAUCAAUUGGUACUUCCUUGACAUGAUCGCUUACUCUAUUUUCGCAUUUCUCUACCUUGUUGGAGCUUCCCUUGUGGCCAGUGCAUUUGAUUUUUAUGAGAAAAUGCAAGUGGGCGUUACUCACCAAACUAUACAGCAACUGAUUUUAUCAGUGAUAAUUGGUUACAUUUGUUUAUUCCUGUAUGGAACAACAGCUGUGAUUGGUUACCGACAGUGGAGAAUACAACUGAAACAGUACCAACAUAGGAAACUGUUGGAAGAGGAUAACUUUGAAGUGUAAUCUAUUUAGAAAGAAAAACUGAUUGUUUCAAAAAGAAGAGGAUGAAUUAUUAUUAUUUCUCAUGUUAGAAAUCAAUAUUGUUAUUAUAUUACCACCAAAAAUAUUUGAUUAAUGCCUACAUAAAACAUUCCCAACCCUUCCAAACAGUAUUUCAAGUAGGUUAUCUAUCCUCUAGGAUGCUUUGAAUAGAGUAAUAACUCUGUCAGUUGAUGAGACCUAGCUGAGACUUCUAGUUGCAGAUUUUUACCAAGUCUAUGUCCUCAAACAUCAGAAAUCCAAUCCUUUAUCAGAUAGACUAUAUGCUAUAGUCUUCAAAAGUACAACCAUAACAUUUGUUCAUUAUCACAUAAAAGCUUCAUUAGAUCAAUUCACUGUACUUUAAUCUUAAAUAUAUAAAAUCAUUCUGAGAUA